GCGUUGUUACAUGAUAAUAAUUAGGUUAUUACCCUGGUCCUUAACCUACACAGUGGUCACCUGAGGUAGUCCAGCAGCAACAACAUACAUUAGAUCCACAGGCCUAAUAUGAGCGACAGAAAGGUGAGAGAGGUAGCAUCAAGUAUUGACAAUCUACAUGCUUCAAAGUGAGCAAACACACCAAAUUUGCGUGGCAAUCCGGCGCAAAAAGGCAAGUUGACAGCCUCUGUAGCCGGGACCUCACAGCUACAAGCCCACGCCUCGUCGAGAUACUGGACAAUCAAUAUACGUCUGUCAUAGCCUGGAAUGCUUUUCUUCUUCUAAUCAUAUAGGGAGCAACGUGUCCACCACCGAAUACUACCAUUGACUGAUGGUGUGGGCAUGGUGCCGUGCCACAUAUCAAGAUGUCCCAGUAACAAACGACCAGAGUUUUCUUCAACGUACCAGCGCAGAUCUAGCAAAUGGGCAUGCAAGAUUAUCUCCGCGGUUCAUUUCCAUGGUGCCUCUGCUGUCGCUCAUUCCUGGCCCUUUCACAAGAACGGCGGGUUUGUAGGCCAACUAGACAGAAGCAUAAGCCAAGUGAUGCAAAUGAUGAAGGCUCCAAUGAUAGCAAGAUUAGUGAUGACCUUGAACUCCACGCUUCAGAGACAAAUCAACCUCGUCAAAACAAUAUACCCAGAUCGAACAAACAGAAGCGUGUCGGUUGGCCUCGGGGUAGUUCUGACGUCAAAGUAAGCCAUCCCCUCAUUGCUGCAUGCUGCGCCAUCCCCCAAGACCAGGACUCGAAGUCAAAAGCCGACGGAUCGACAAAGACGAAGUCAUACAAAAGUAUAUACUACCGGUAUGUGGCUGUGUAUUUACAAAACAUGACAUAUUUACCAGUACAGCCCUAUGAAACAGCGGGUACAGAUUACACUAGUUUGUUGGUCAUACCGUUUCCUUGCAGUUGCCAGAACUGGCUUCAAAUCGAACGCAAGCUGCAAAACCCGCAGUAUCACAUGACGGCCUUUGUUGCUCAGCAGAAAGCUGGAACAAGUGACCUGCAGGCUGUGCCAGAGCCGGCUAACAACGACUUGUGUUCCCCCAGACUCGUGGUGGACGAUCGACAACAACUGCCGUCUCGGGAGCAGGAACCGUUAAGUUUCGAGGCUGUUCAUUGCAGGUAACAUUCGAGAUGAACCACGAGGGAAGCAAUAUCAAAUUUCGCCGAAACAUCGCCCUAUUCCUCAUCAGCACUCUCAACUUUGGAU